UAGCAGCUGUAUAUAAUUUGGCAAUUCGCACCAUUUCCCCUGACUCCAAUCCACCUGAACUGAACGCAGACGCAAUGGCUGCAACAAUGAACGCUGGAAGUUGCAUCCACUCCAGAAGCAACUGCUCUGCGCCUAUUUCAAAUUCCAAAGCUGGGACGCAGUUUUCCUCCCUGCCCCUUCACCAGCAGAGCACUGGGGUCGGAAUUAGAAUCAAUGGCGGUGGCGACGGCAGGGGACGGCGAAAUGGGAGAUUUUACACUGAAAAGGAGGGCUACGUGGGCGGGAGCUCCGUCCCAACCAUUUCAGCCAUCGCCAACCCGCAGGACUCUAAGGCGACGAUUCUUCGGAAAAUCCUAGAAUCGCCUGGGAUUUAUCUGGGCCCCGCCUGUUUCAAUGCUCUCAGUGCAAAGCUCGUCGAGAGAGCUGGCUUCAAUUUUGGCUUCACUACUGGGUUUGGAAUAUCGGCUGCUAAGUUGGGAUUGCCAGAUGUGGGGCUAAUUUCUUAUGGUGAGAUGGUGGCUCAAGGACAAGAAAUUACAGAAGCCGUUUCCAUACCCUUAAUUGGAGAUGGAGACAAUGGGUAUGGUAAUGCCAUGAACGUUAAGAGAACUGUCAAAGGGUAUAUUAGAGCGGGCUAUGCAGGAAUACUACUUGAAGAUCAGGUUUCUCCAAAAGCUUGUGGUCAUACACUUGGCAGGAAAGUUGUGUCCAGAGAGGAAGCAAUCCUGAGGAUAAAAGCUGCCGUUGAUGCUCGGACAGAGAGUGGAGCCGACAUUGUGAUUGUAGCACGUACUGAUUCACGUCAAGCAAUUUCCUUUGAAGAAUCACUUUGGAGGUCUCGGGCUUUUGCUGAUGCUGGAGCGGAUGUUUUGUUCAUUGAUGCCCUUGCAUCAAAGGAAGAGAUGAAAUCUUUCUGUGAAGUUUCUCCAAAGGUUCCAAAGAUGGCCAACAUGCUUGAAGGUGGAGGGAAAACGCCGAUACUCACACCAGUUGAACUUGAGGAUAUUGGUUUCAAAAUUGUGGCAUACCCGCUUUCCUUAUUAGGGGUAUCCAUCUGUGCAAUGCAGGAUGCAUUGACAGCAAUUAGAAGUGGUCGUUUGCCUUCACCUGGAAGCAUGCCAUCAUUUGAAGAAAUGAAAGAUAUACUCGGUUUUAAUGCCUAUUAUGAAGAAGAGAGGCGCUAUGCCACCAGCACCAGCCAGCCUUCUUCACAAAAAGGUUACACUCCAUCGGAGAACAGCGAACAAGAUGAUACUGAAGUGCGAAGUCAAAAACCACAAGAUCCAGUGGUUGAAGUAUUAACUCCUGAGGUGUAUAAUCCCUACGAUGGAGAUAGUUCAGGAGGAUCUUUCUCAGGGAUUUGGUCCCGAAAGUUGAGAGUUAAAAUUACAGGACGAGAUGGAUUUGAAAAACUUGACAUAAGAAUUCCUGCUGGAUUUUUGGAAGGAAUAAAAAAUAUAGUCCCAGCACUAGUGGGGGUGAACUUGAAAGCACUUUUGGAUGAUACGAGCUUUGAAGAGGGAGGGAAGCAGUUGUUAGAUUUCAAGGAUACAAUGGGAGACAGGAUUCAAGUGUUCUUGGAGUAGACACUAUAUUUUAUCUUUGAAAAGCUAAAGACUUUAUGGCCCAUUUUAGCUUCAGACUUUGAGACUGCCCUGCUAAUCUGCCAGAUUCAACUUGUACUCUAUUGAUAGUGAAGAAAUUAUGAAAUUCUUACUUAGAAUAAUGGUUGAUGGUGUGAUUGCUACUCUAAUAACUAAUUAGUUUAAUUCUUUCUUUAAAAAAUGGUAAUUGAAAAUCAA